AUGUCGGCGCGAAUUCCCGACCGCACGAGUUCGAAGCGAAGCCGAUCGCGAUCCCCGUCGUCGCGUCAACCGCAGAAGCUUCCCCGCAGACACGACGAGAGGAACUCGCCGUACGAUGGCCGCAGAGGCGAAAGCGAUGGAAGGGGGAGGUCAGUGCAGUCGCAGGGAUGGAACAUGAAGGACCAGGUGCGACUGAACCAGCUGCAGGAAGAUGAGCAGGUGCGCGAGUGGGUGGCGCAAGAGGACAUCUUUGUGCUCAAGCAGGCGAAAAAGAAGGCCGAGAUCAGAGUCAAAGAAGGGCGGGCGAAGCCGAUCGACUGGCUCACCGUCACUCUGCGGGUGAUCGACCCUACGAGAAACCCGCUCGAUGAUGAGAUUGCGGACUCGGAGCUGGACAUCGUCGACCCGGAUGGGGUGUUUGAGGGCCUUUCGCCGAGCCAGCUGUCGGAUCUGGAGAAGGACAUUGAUACAUUCCUGAGCCUGGAAACCAACUCGCAGAACCGAGAUUUCUGGAAGACUAUGAAGGUGAUUUGUCGAGACCGCCAGAAGAUUACGGCCCCCGAGGGACGCGCGCUUAGUUCGGUCGCGGCGGACAUUAACAAGCUUUUGAGCCCGAAGACCUACGAACAACUCCAGACCCUGGAAGUACAGGUUAGGAAGAAGUUGGAUUCGAACGAGCCGAUCGAUACGGAUUAUUGGGAGGAGCUCCUGCGCAGCCUGACAGUGUGGAAGGCCCGUGCAAAGCUGAAGAAGGUCUACCAGGCAGUUAUUGAUGAGCGGGUUCGAGGACUGCGCCAGCAACAACGUGAGGAAGCGGAGUCUGUACGUGCCAAGCUUGCUCCUCUUGCCCCGGUGGCACAGACGAGUACUGGGGGGCCGAUCAUCAAUCAGAAGGAAUUCAAGGGCCUUGAUCCUGAUCCGAUGUUGCAAAUUCGGCCGGAGGACAAGGUCCUAGAGGUAGUGGAUGAGGCGGCUUUCUUGAACCAGGUGGCCCGCGAUCGCCAAAAGAUCCUGAAGAUGGGCUUUGUUCCCAUCCGUCAACGACAGGUGGAAAAGUCUUCCGCUGCUCCACUGAAUCAAGCAUCGAACGCGCCCGUGGCAACUGCGUCUACCCGCUUCUCAGCGAUACCAAAUGAAGACUUCUCUCAGGCAACAAAGGCCCUCUAUGAACGGGAACUUGCGCGAGGAGUGAGUGAGAACGAAGAAAUUUUCACCGGCGAAGAAGCCGUGAGUACUGCCUCGCGGCCUCAAUGGGCAAGCAAAUACCGGCCACGGAAGCCCCGAUACUUCAACCGUGUCCAGAUGGGCUACGAAUGGAAUAAGUACAACCAGACACAUUAUGACCACGACAACCCACCGCCGAAAGUUGUGCAAGGGUACAAGUUCAAUAUCUUCUAUCCUGACCUUAUCGACAAAACAAAGGCCCCAACAUAUCGCAUAGAGCGUGAGCAUGGGCGAAAGCGCGGACAGUCGUUUGCAGCUGCAGGAGAGGAGGAUACAUGUCUCAUUCGAUUCAUGGCUGGACCACCGUAUGAGGACAUUGCAUUUCGAAUUGUGGACAAAGAGUGGGAUUACAGUGCUAAAAGGGAGAGAGGGUUCAAGAGCACGUUCGACAAGGUAUGGACGUCUUGUUGA